AUGGGCAGCUCCACAGAUGGCAUAAAUUCAGGACCAACUCCUCUGCCUGUGAUUGGUAAUCUUCAUACAAUUGCCGCUCGUGAGCCCGGCUAUGAGGCCUAUGAAAUGUGGCGAAAGCAGUAUGGUCCAGUUUACACUUACUGGCUGGGAAUGACACCAUUUGUUAUGGUAAGCGACUACAAAACACUAAAAGAGACGUUCGUCAAGGAUGGUGACGCGUAUAUUGGAAAAUAUCACUUCGAAGAAACCACGAAAGAAUAUCGAGGCAAGAACAACUUUGUGUUCAAAUUUUUUGGCAUGCUAUCGGAUAUCAAGCAAAUAGGUCCAGCUCCUACGAAUAUGCGCAUUUUGAUCAGGCUCAACACUUUCAAAUCUUCAGGAGGGGAAUACGGCGUCGUGGAGACCGACGGAGACAUGUGGCGCGAUCACAGACGAUUUGCUCUUCAUGUGCUUAGAGACCUUGGACUCAGCAAGGACGGCAUGGAACAGAGGGUCCUUGGAGAAGUCGAAGCGAUGACCGAGCAGAUUAAAUCAAAGAAGGAUGGAAAAGUUGACAUGCAGGAUAUUAUUGAAGUGGCCGUUGGAUCAGUUAUCAAUCAGCUUCUGUUCGGAUACCGUUUUGAUGAGGAUCAUGUUGAGGAGUUUCGCGAAUUGAAGAGCAUGCUCUCUCGUCAAAUGAAGGAAACCGCUCACCCCAUGGCAUUGAUUCUUUUUAUGCUUCCCUGCUCGAAACAUCUACCUUACUUCAAAGGAAUGUGGCAGAGGAUACUUUCGUACCGCGAUGCUUUCUACGCGUUUUUCGAUCGCCAAAUUGAGGCUCAUAAGAAGGACAUCGAUUAUAACUCAGAGCAUACAAAUGACUACGUCGAGGCCUUUUUGAAGGAACAAAAACGUCGAGAAGCUGAUGGCGAUUCUGAAUCGUUCAAGCACAUCCAACUGCAAAAUAUGUGCCUUGACUUAUGGUUUGCUGGGAUGGAGACUACCUCGAAUACGUUGUCAUGGGGAGUCGUCUACAUUCUUAACCACAUGGACGUACAGGCCAAACUGCAUGAAGAAAUGGAUCGAGAAAUCGGCUCAUCCCGAGCGAUAACAAUGGCGGACAAGAAUCAUCUGCCUUACACUAAUGCUGUUGUCAAUGUAGGUCUUUCAUUACUUUUUUCUCGACCUUAUUUACUCUCUAACCAUACACAAUAUUAUUCCUAG